UCGCACACACACAACAUUUUCAAGUCCGAAUCUCUGAAUUGAUGAUGAAAAACAUUGAUUUUCAUAUUAAUUAUGUUAGAAAUAAUUUCAAAGCAUGGGUGCUAGCUAGUAUUGCAUCAUACACAACCCCAUUUUGUAACCAUUCAUCCCUCCACUGAGGGUCAUUAUACUCUUGACUUUAGCUUUCACACCAUAGUGUCUCUACCUUUCACUCCACUUUUUCUCAACAUAUAAACCCUCAUACAUUCCAUACACUCUUAUUAGCUUAGAAGGGUACUUCUAAGUUCUUUUUUUUCCUCUAAACUUCUUCUUUAAUCUUUACCAUGUCUUCUACUACUCUCCAAUGGCUAAGCCUUGUUGGCACAAUUUGGCUCCAAGCCAUAAUUGGGACAAACACUAAUUUCCCUGCUUACUCUUCUCAGCUGAAGCAGCUUCUUUCCAUCUCCCAAGUCCAACUCAAUAACCUUGCUUUUGCCUCUGAUGCAGGCAAGCUUUUUGGCUGGUUUUCUGGCCUUGCUUCUAUAUACCUCCCCCUUUGGCUUGUCCUCUUGACAGGUUCAACUCUUGGCUUGAUUGGCUAUGGUGUGCAAUAUCUCUUCAUAACCGAACAGAUUUCCUCUUUGUCUUAUUGGCAUGUGUUCUUACUAACUUUUCUUGCUGGCAAUAGUAUUUGUUGGAUCAACACUGUGUGCUAUGUUGUCACCAUAAGGAACUUCUUAUCAGAUCGCCAAGUUGCUGUCGGAAUAACAACUAGCUACCAAGGACUGAGUGCAAAAAUCUACGCCAACAUUGUUGAUGCUGUUUCUCCUCACAAGAAGGCCAAAGCAUUUCUCUUCCUGAACUCUCUCUUGCCUGUGAUAGUUGGCCUAGUAGCUGCUCCUCUGGUCAGAGAAUUUGAUGCCACAAGUCCUAAGCACACGCGUGUUGGGUUUGCCGUGAUGUUUGUCAUAACAAUUUUCACUGGAAUAUAUGCUGUGUUAAGCAGCUUGCAAUUUGUCACAAGCAAAGCAUCCUCACUGGAUAUCAUGACUGGUAUCCUAGUGUGCCUUCUGUUGCCUCUUCUAGUCCCACUUUCAGUGAAGAUCAAGGAACUACAGGAUAAUAGAGAAAAUUUGAGAAUUUACCAUUUUACUAUGGAGGAGAAUAACAGUGAAGAGAGAGUGGAGAAUGAGGUGAAAGAGGGUGAAGUUGAAGAAGAGAUUGGUAUUAUAGAAGAAGUUGGAGUGAAGUUGAUGCUUAGAAGAAUAAAUUUCUGGUUAUAUUUUUUUGUGUAUUAUUUUGGUGCAACAGUUGGUUUAGUGUAUCUUAAUAACUUAGGACAGAUUGCUGAAUCUCGGGGUUGCUCCAAUACUUCAUCUUUGGUGUCUUUGUCAUCAUCCUUUGGAUUCUUUGGCCGUCUCAUGCCAUCUCUAAUGUACUACUUCUACAGGGGACAGUGUAGAAUUUCAAGACCAGCUUCACUGUUGGCAGCUAUGGUUCCAACAUCAGGAGCAUUUUUUUUGCUUCUCAACAGAACUGAUCUUGCUCUUUACAUUAGCACUGCGGUGAUUGGAGUGUGUACGGGAGCAAUCACUUCCAUUGCUGUUUCCACAACCACUGAGCUGUUUGGUACAAAGCAUUUUUCAGUGAACCAUAAUGUGUUGGUGGCCAACAUUCCUAUGGGAUCCUUCAUAUUUGGCUAUUCAGCUGCACUUGUUUACCGUAAUGAAGGACAUGAACACUAUGAGCAUGGGCAAUGCAUGGGCAUGGAAUGCUACAGAAACACUUUUAUCAUCUGGGGUUCCUUGUGUUUCUUUGGAACUCUUUUGGCUUUGAUUCUUCAUGUUAGAACUCGCAAGUUUUACUCACAAAUACAAUAGGGUAUACACAUUUUGCUUCAAAUAGUAUUGUUUCUUUUUUAACAUUGUAUAACAUAUACAAUGGAGAUUGUGGCUUGAUAAUCUCCUAUUACACUUGAGUAAAGUAAUAAUAGUAAUAAUACUAAGACAAAUAUAAA